CCUAGCUUGGAAUUUACUUGCCUCACACAUUUCUCGACCUCACUGCCUCACUUUCACCCCUCGCUAUUGUCUUUAUUCACAAACAGUAGCAACAAAUAACAAAAGCUCACUUAAUCUCUUCCCGCCUCACCUUUCCAAAUUUCUAAAACACAAUGGACCUUCUUCACACCCUCUCUCUCCUCUCUCUCCUCAUCUCUCUCCCACUCUCGUCUCUCUCCGAUGACACCGCCGCUCUCUCUCUCUUCCGCUCCACCACCGACACACACGGCGCACUUCUCGCCAACUGGACCCUCACUUCAUCCACUUCCACCGCUUGCUCGGCCUCCUGGCGUGGCGUCAACUGCACGAACAACCGUGUCAUUGCUCUUAAACUCCCCUCUCUCAAUCUCCGCGGCUCUCUCGACUCUCUCGCCUCUCUCGAUCAGCUUCGCUUUCUCGAUCUCGCUGAUAAUCGCCUCAAUGGCUCUAUUUCCGCGUUAACUAAUUGUACUAAUUUAAAACUUGUGUAUCUCUCUAAUAAUGAUCUCUCCGGGGAGAUUCCGGCGGAAAUUUCGUCUCUUCGGAGAAUUGCGCGGUUAGAUUUAUCUGAUAAUAAUUUAAACGGAGUUCUGCCUGAUGAAUUUCCAGCUCGGUUGCUCACUCUCCGCCUCGACAAUAACGAACUCUCCGGUACAAUUCCUUCGUCUCUCGACUCAAUUCCGAAGCUUAAGCAGCUUAAUUUAUCGAAUAAUUUGUUGUACGGUCAAAUACCUGAAAAUCUUCUCGGAAAAUUCGGGAAUGAGAGUUUUUCCGGUAAUGAAGGCUUAUGUGGCGCCUCUCCGUUUCCUGAUUGUUCUAGUGUUCAUGUACCUCCACCUGCUGCUUCUAAUCGGACUGUCGCAUCAUCUCCGACAUUGUCUAGUAAAAGAUCGAAGCGGAAAGGCCUUAGUCCUGGCGCUGUAGUGGCAAUUGUGAUUGCAAGUGCGGUUGUGAUAGUAGUGGUUAUCUAUAUUAUAGUUGCUUGUUACUGUGGAAGAUACUCGAGAGACUCGAAUUUAGGGAGCGAGAGUGGGAGGAAGAGGAGUAGUUAUGGGAGUGAGAAGAAAGUUUUUGCGAGUGAUGGAGGUGGGGAUAGUGAUGGAACAAAUUCUACUGAUAAGAGUAAGCUUGUGUUUUUCGAAAGGAAGAAGCAAUUUGAGCUUGAGGAUUUGUUAAAAGCCUCUGCGGAGAUGCUUGGGAAAGGGAGUCUGGGGACUGUUUACAAGGCUGUGCUUGAUGAUGGUAUUGCUGUGGCUGUGAAGAGAUUGAAAGAUGCUAAUCCUUGUGGGAGGAAAGAGUUUGAGCGGUAUAUGGAUGUUAUUGGGAGGCUAAAGCACGCGAAUGUUGUUAGACUAAGAGCUUUUUAUUAUGCUAAAGAAGAGAAGCUUCUUGUUUAUGAUUAUCUCCCAAAUGGAAGCUUACACUAUCUACUUCAUGGGAAUCGAGGGCCUGGAAGAAUUCCAUUAGAUUGGACUACAAGAGUCAGCUUGGUCUUGGGAGCUGCUCGUGGGCUUGCUCGUGUUCAUGAGGAGUACGAGACUGCGAGAAUUCCUCAUGGAAAUGUGAAAUCAUCGAAUGUUUUGCUGGAUAAGAAUGGUGUUGCUUGCAUAUCUGAUUUUGGGCUAGCAUUGCUUUUGAAUCCUGUACAUGCUACAACAAGGCUGGGUGGAUAUAGGGCACCUGAGCAAGUUGAAGUCAAGAGACUUUCACAAAAAGCAGAUGUUUACAGUUUUGGUGUUUUGUUACUGGAGGUGCUCACAGGAAGAGCUCCAUCCAAAUUUCCGUCUCCAAGUUCAGGUAAUCCUGUAGCUGAGGAGGAGGAGCAAGCUGUGGAUCUUCCUAAAUGGGUGCAGUCAGUGGUGAGGGAUGAGUGGACUGCUGAAGUGUUUGAUCAGGAAUUGUUGAGGUACAAGAACAUUGAAGAAGAGCUUGUUGCAAUGCUUCAUGUGGCGAUGGCUUGUGUUGUUACACAACCGGAAAAGAGGCCUUCCAUGUCAGAAGUGGCGAAACUGAUUGAAGAAAUCAGGGUGGAGCAGUCUCCCUUAGGAGAAGAUUAUGACGAGUCACGCAACUCGCUCUCACCUUCAGCUGCUACUACUGAAGGCUGAUCAAAUAGUUCUGUUGUAUGAGACUCUGAGGUGGAACACAGUACUGUUGUCACCUUCCUAGAUUUCAUGUGCAUUCUUGUCUCUAUUUAUGUGAUAUCUGGUUCCUGUUUUAUUUAUAUCAAUGCUGGUAGUCGAGAUCUGCCUGA